UACUUUUAUCUGUGAUCAUUGAUGAUCUGUCGACUGUCAAUUGCCUGUCAAAUAUCCGGAAAAAUAUCAAUUUUCGCAGAAGCUGAAUCUAUAAAAAUGGCUAAUAAAACUGAAAAUAAUUUUAAAGUAAAUCCAGAAAAGAUUCGCUUGGAAACAGAUCAAGGUAUUGUAGAAAGUGAAGGCCGCAAAUGGGGCAUGCAACUAAAAGAAGUGUAUAAACACGGACUUUCAUUUUACAAAGAUAAGGAAGGCAAAGCUAUACACCUUAGUUACGAGGAUAGAUUGAAACUAGUCGCUUACACGCAGCAGGCAGCUCAUGGGCCAUUUGAUCCCAACUCUGUACCACCAUUGGGUGUGCUGGACGUCAUUGGUCGGGACCGGCGGGCAGCUUGGCAGGCACUGGGGCAGAUGUCCCAGAUACAAGCAAUGGCUGGGUUUGUGCACAGCUUGGACAGGCUCUGUCCAUUAUUCAAGCCCUAUUUAGAAGCUAUACUAAAGGAUUUAGAAGAUAAAAAACUACAAGAAUUAAAGAGAGCCGAGGAAGAACGCGCACACAUGGAGCUUCAGAACAGAAUAGCUCUUGAGAAACAAAAACAACAGAGCAACAAACUGUCAGAAGAGCAGCAAGUGCAACGAAUAAAAGACGCACUCAAUGCACAGACAUACGAUCAGUUCUUACAAUACGCCCAACAGCAAUAUCCUGGCAAUUUCGACCAACAAGCAAUCUUAAUAAGGCAGCUACAAGACCAGCAUUACCAACAAUAUAUACAACAAUUAGCUGUCGACCAACGACUAGCCAAUUCGACAAUAAAAGACGAUCAAUGCGAAAAAGUUAAUGAAACAAAUGACACUAAAGAAGAAAUAGAAAAGGAUUGUAAUUUGAAUGAGACUGAAUGUGUUGCUAUUACGGAUAAUAAGUCAAUGCAGACAUCAGAAAAAACUGAGCCAGCUGAUUACACUGAAGAAUCAAGGGGAGAAGAAGAGAGUGACGAUGGCCUACCAGCUGUGGAGGAGGCUCGCAUGUGGACACAGGCUGAUAUAAUGCAGUUCAAGGAGUCUGCCCAAGCCAGCGAUGGUCGGCUGACAGUCGGGCACGGAGAAACGGUCACUAUACGAGUACCGACGCACCAGCGUGCGCGGUGCUUGUGUUGGGAGUUUGCUACCGACAACUAUGAUAUUGGAUUUGGAAUAUAUUUCGAAUGGAGUAAAUCACCAACAAACGAAGUGACAGUGCAUGUGUCAGAGAGUGACGAGGAGGAUGAGGCUGAUGAAGACGGAUAUGGUGAUGACGACCUGAAUAUCCAUAGCAACUCUGGUGACCCUGAAGUUGGUAGUGACAGACGGACUUUGAGUUCCCAUCGUCCCCUCCUCAGUAUUGUAGUGCCAAUUUAUAGACGCGACUGCCACACCGAGGUGUAUGCCGGGACCCACACAUAUCCAGGCGAAGGCGUAUAUCUACUGAAAUUCGACAAUACGUACAGUUUAUGGCGAUCCAAAACUUUAUACUACAAAGUAUAUUGCACACAAUGAAUUAUAGGAAAUUAGGGGAACCCUGACACAUCUAUAAUAAAUAUUUAAUCAUAGGAAUAAUAUUAUAAUAUUUAUAUACGUAAUAUUAUAUCUAUGGUAAUAAUGAAUUUAUAACACAUUGUUAACUGCCAGUAUUUUCCUAAAACACGGAUUUAACUGUAACAACAAUCUAUAAUGUGCAAUAGGAGCUUAUUGUAUAAUUUAGUUCUUAACAAAUCCGAGUCACAUUAAUUAUGUGUUUUGUUGUAUGAGAGCGACUAUUCUAUUUGCAGUUUUAAAAUUUCUCGCCUAUUUAGAGUAUGAGUAAUCGCAAUGUGUAGUCUAUAAUAAUUGUCACUGUCUGCUUAUUGAAAAUAUUAUUUUAAGUUCAAUCUUUCCUAAACUAUUGUGAUUUUAUUCCCAUAUUAUAUUAUGUUUUUAUAACACAUACAAUAUUUAUAUUACGAAACAUGUACUAUGUAGUCAUUUUCGCACAAAUUGUGCCAUAAAACAAAUUAAGGCGAUACCUCAAGGCCGAAAUAUCCAUGAUUAUUAAUUAUUUUUAUGUUUUUCUUUCAACUGCGAGAACUAAUCACUAACUAGACGUGAAUUUAAAUUCUUUACUUGCCAAUACUUGUUUAGUUACCCAGAUUAAAGGCGAAACAAAAUGUAUGAAAAUGGACCUUGAGGUAUCGCCUUAAAUAGUUCACUGUAGUACUUAAAUUGUAUUGUAAAAUGUAAGUAACGAAUAUUCGUAUUCGCGAACAUUGGUAAAGUUUUGAUAUUCGUAUCCACAAAAAUUUAUCUAAUAUUUUGGCGAUUAUAUUUGUUAUUAGAAAAAAAAUAUAAUUUAUGAUAUAGUUUAAUGUAUUUGUUUUCGAAGGCGACAAUACACCAAAGUUACGACAAGCCAAAACUGGAGAAAUUAUGAGCGUGACUCUUUGGAACUAAACUGGUUUAUGCACUGCGUCAAGGCUUUUUGCGCUUGUUCAGCAAAUUUAAUCUGCUAUAUUUUAUGAAUGAAGCUUAUAAAAAUAUUGUUAUUUUAUACAGAAAGAUUUUUUUGGUCUAUAAUUUUUUUAUAAUAUGUUUUUUAAGGAAAAUACACAUACACUGGCGCCUUUAAUCCUUGAAGGGGUACAACCAAAAUGUGUCUAUGUAAUAUAAUCAAUACCUUUCUAUAAUUGGUUAAUAACUACCUAAACUUGGUAUGAUUUAGAAACUUGUCCGUGCAACUCGUAAAUAUUAGUUUGUAGGCGCUAUAAUAAAAAGCAUGUUCAUAUUGGUAUUCGCGAAUAUAAAAAAUAAACAAUAUUCGUUACAUCACUAAUGUCAAGUUUAGAACUUUGGUUACUCUUGUUCGACCUUAUUUGAGUAACUUCGUGAUCUAGAUGUGUGGACAAAAUCUUAGCCUGGUGCAAUUAUUUUGUGAUUUGAUAAUUUUAUUUAAUGUUGUUAAGUUCAAUAUAUGGUAUAUAUUGUAUUAUGCCGUUAUUAAUCAUGUACAUCAUGUUAGUAUUAUUGGUAGCAUUUGAAAUAUUAUAGUGUCGUUAGAGUAAUUACUUAUUCAUAUUUAGAAUAUGUGUUGUGUUGAAUAUAAAUACAUUAUAUCGAACUAUUUAAAAGUUUAUUAUGUUUCCAUGACAAAAUCAUAUCUAAAUGUUAUUGUAUUGGAUAAAUUAUUGUUUUGUUUAAAAAAAACUGUUUAAACACUACUAUUAUUAUGUUAACAAUAUAUUAUAUUCGAUGUACACAUACAAACCGAUGAAAUCAAGUCGUAAUGAGACGCCCAAAUAAUUUUAUAUGUCCAUGUAUACAAGAAUAAAUAAAUAUGCAACAAUUAUAA